AUGCCUUCCAUCGGCUUUCGCAGCAACAGACCUGCACGUCUGGAGAAGCGAAGUAAUGGCCACCCCGACGAACUCGACGAUAUGAACCUCAAGAGUCCGAAUCGACAAUCGAUCCAACAGCUCACACAUCAGCAAUUGGUUACACGACAAAGGCAGCUUCUGCUCCGGCACGACAGCGACCAUUCGGCAGAAAGAGGCGAUGGCUCCCACAACUUGACGACCACUGCAUCGUCUCCAUAUCUGCACAAGACACUCGAUUCAAAGGCAUCCACGGCAUCGGUCAACAGCAUCGUCAACACCAUUGAGUCCAAGAUCGAGCGGGUAGACGUGGAGAGGGCUGUUGAGCUGCUGCAAGAGUUGAGGAAGAGCGCCACAGCGGAGGAGUUGGUGGCUUUACACAGAGCGUUGCUGCCGGUGAAGGAGGACAAGCCCACUCAGGCACCUCAGCUGCCACCGAUUGAGGAGCUUGCCUACACCUCUAUACCGAAAGACCGGACACGAUCUUCUAUCCCACCAGGCCUCGCUACCCGCAGCGGUAGCUACACAGAUCCUCUUCGCAAGCCAUCAGAUCCUACUCUAAGCAAAUCGUCCUCUGUGGACCGCAAGGACAGCUGGUUUCCCGACUUGGACAAACGACGAUUUCGCACCGCAUCGCCGGAACGACUGUCCACGCCACCUGAGCGGACUUCCUACCACGGAGGAGCUUAUCAGACCGGGACUCUCCGCAUCACGAACGGUGCCGCGUCGCCAGAGCCGAGCAUCAUCUCGAAACUGGCCAUGGAAGUGGGAGACAACGAACGCCAUGAAGACCUCGAAGUCUCACCCCCUAAAAAGAAUUCAUCUCAUCUGAGGAAGCGGAUGACCAUGGCUUCGCUCAAUCCAAGGAAGGCGCAGGAUGAAGUAGUCUCUUCCGACUGGCGAAAACGCAUGACGAUGGCAGCAAGACCGGGGGAGGGCAAUCAAAGUGCAAUGGCUCCACCCACGUUACCCAAGCUGGAUUUUGCUCGCAGUAGAGACAAUCUCGAUAUUAUAUCACCACUUUCCAGCACGGUGGGCUUGAACGCAAAACCCAGUCGUGGCAAGCUACUUCCAACGCUCGCAAGUCCGGACUUUACGAAAGACUUGGAAGCACCUCAAGUCGUCGAGCCUCGUGCGCAAUCAUUCGACUUCGGCGCUGGCGAGCGCUCCAGCAUCCGGAAGGAGCUACAGCUAGAUUCACCACUACAACGCCGCAGCUUUCAGCACAUCCCGAAGGAAUCAACAGAAGAUGCGCCCAGGUUUCAACGGCGCUGGGACCACCGCGCUUCACAUUUGUCGAGCGAGUACACAACCGACUGCGAGAUCACUCGGAGUCCGUAUGAGGACAAACGAGGAUUACUGGAUUUCGCCACUCGCCUGAGCACUGUAUGCGACGAGGACGAGGAAGAGGAAGAGGACGAAGGUGUUUCUGGAGACCGUAACCCGCACGCAGACACCCUCAGCAAGCUGACCGGUGGGGAUCAGACGUUUCCUUCUGAGCCAGAAGUCGGUAUUGCAAGAUCCAGCGAUGAGGUAGACCCGAACGCCGAGUCUCCUUGCGCACGCCGGGCCACAGUCAUUCGCAAAGUAGAAAGCAGCUACUGUUCAGAUGUCUCACAGGCUGCACUACCGCUACCCCAUAUCAGCACUUGCCAACGUGGGCGCACCACUCUAACGACACAAUCGGAUACCAUAUGUCCCCGAGAGCCGAGGUUGCCAUCAAUCGAGCCUACAGAGUGUUCUGUGGCCACGGAGGACGUCAGUACGCAAAAGCAUAAUGAGCCUCAGCCCGAGAUCGACGACUUACUUCCAGUGGACAGGCCCUCGGAAGCACAAUCCGAGGCUACUAUGAGUCCUGCGCCACAAGACAGUAACAAGCGAUCACCGCUCUCGUUGUUCAGGCCGAGAGGUUCUCGCAGCAAGAGUUUCACGGUACUCAAUGUACAGAAGGGGCCAGCAUCUGCCGAGGACAUCAGCCGUAGCUCGACAUUCCAGUCAUCCGAUGACUCGCGACCGCCUCUUAACCACAAGAAGAGCAAGAAGCUCCAGAAAGCCAUGCCAGACUCUGUCCGACACCACCGAAAGAAAACCAUGGAGAACAUCAAGGCUUCACAAGCCGUGCAGCCGGAGUCGUCUGAUGCUUCGAACGAGCAGUCUUCAGACCCGGACGGCUUCAUCGGAUGUCAGCCAAAAAACGAAAGUGCCGAGGAAUUCAACGAGAGCACAUCACUGUUCUCAAGGAAGCGCGGCAACAGUUUUGGCCGACGAAGCAAGAGCAUUGCUAGCAUACCUACCAUCAGUGCGCCAAUUUCAAGACGGCCAAGCGCAGAGUUGACGAACGCCAAUCAAUCACAAGCCAAUGAAUUAUUCGUACCGCGAAAGAGAGAUCUGCCCGUAUCCGCACACUCGGACUAUGCAUCUGUUGCACGAGCACUCACCUCGUACCCACCUGAUGGGUCCCCAGAGGCGCCACGCACUGCUGCAGCGGCGAGAAGACAGCAUAAGAGAUACUACUCUAUGCAUCGAGCCAGCUCUGACGGUGCGACUAUCACAGAGGGCAGCCCAAGACCUGGUUUGCCAGUCAGUCCAGAUACUGCGAAGAGUCCGGACAUCGCUCGAGAUGCCUCCACUACGGACAUAGCCGCACCGGAAACGCCGCACAAGCAGACUGAGGCGGUCAUGGUCUCGAGUCCUGUCGCCGUCGGUUCUAACGCAUCGGUCGAAGAUCGUUUUCCAGGGUGGGAAGGCAAGCCAGCAACGAACAUUGCUUCGCAAUCGCCUUCAUACUUGCAGCCAUUGCACAUUCCACGCUCGCGCAACAACAGUGUGCCAGCUUUACCAGAGCUGCCCGCUGAUAUUGCUGCCAAAGUCGCCAAAGCUGACGAAAUGGUGGCGAAGAAGCUCAAAAACAGUCCUCGCUCUUCUCCGAUAGCAUCUGCUCGCAGCAGCAUUGAUCAUAAUGAUGGCAAGAAGCUGAACUCUGCGAAGAAGCGAAUCUCCCCCAAAGAACAGAGGGCUAACGAGGCCAAACAAGCUGCGCUAGACAAACUCACCGCUUCUUAUGACAGGAAGUUUGACGAGCAGAAGGCUGAUUUGUCUGUCAAGGAGCUUACGCCAAAGAAGCCUUCUGGUCAUGCUACGCGAUGGAGCAUUGAUGGCAGCAUCAAGUUGCCACAUCCUGAAGAACAGCCGGUUCCCGCUUCGCCAACUCACGACUCGAAACAUCCUGGCUGGCCAGGAUGGGAAAAGCAGUCUUCUUUAUGGCGCGAGCGACGAGAAGCGAUGGCUGAGCCAGUCACUUUCGAACAGAGCAUGUCGGAACUUGCCCAGACUGUCCCUGCGUUCGACUCAGAUUCACCAUCAAUCGUGGUGUCUCGCUACAUCACACCGCUGACGGCCGAGAAUGUCCACAACGCAGGCAACGCGGCCAAGACCGACUCAUCGCCAACCAACGACUACGCACAAGAGUACUCCGACCUUAUCGUCAACGACCAGGAGAACACCCCACCAAAGCCCGACAUGCACCGGGCAGACAGUGCUUUCGGCGGCAACAUGACGAGCGCGACCUUCGUCACCGUACAGCCAUCCUACGACGAGCGACCUGCCAAGCCAGACGUCCAACGUUCAGACACUGCGUUCUCGACUUCUUCCGGCGCCACUACUGUUACAACCAUCUCCACCGCCUCCUGGGCCGGCAGUGCCAAAUCCACGGCGACAAGCAGCAGUGUCAGCUGGCAGCUUCGCCACGAACGUACCAAGUCUGGCCACUUCAAAGCAUUUCGCCCUACAGAUGCUGCUCAAGCAGAGCGAUCGCGUGCAUUGAGUGUUGCGCGCCGAUCGGCGUAUCUCUCGAGCACGGAGUCGUUGGGUCAUCUUCGAAAUGAGAGUCUAGGCUUGCCAAAAGAGCGAGCAGAUCUACCGUCUUUGAGGAAUAGCAAGAAGGGCAGUUCUGAGAGCGUCCUGGAUCGGUACAGCGGUGGUCUUGGACAUGGAGCCUUUGGCGGCAGUGCAGGCACGAGAUCGAGUGCGGAGAGGAGGGACGGAAAGUGCGGUAUGGGUGAGCAGUUUGGGUUGGAUUUGAGUGAUGUGCCCAUGUUCUUGAGGAGGGUAUAG